AUGGGGAGCGGACGAUUCUGGUUGAUUGCGUGCGCAGGACUACUUUUCGAAGUCGCUGCCGGGGUGUCAGCACAAAGUGAUCUGACUAAGAAUUUGGUUUUGCUUCAGGCAUGUCGAAGAGCCACCGGUGCCUGUGUGCCAAAAGAUGACUGCAGUGUUCCCACAUUCCGGUUGCGUGAAGAUGGCUGUCCAUCCGAGCUUGAGUGUUGUCCUAAAGCGACUGUUACCGUUACUAAUUUCCACAUGGUGUACCAUACAGAGAACCCUACAACCACUAACACAGAAUCAGAAUCGGAGGAGAUAGUAGAUUUGUCGACUGACGUUUAUCUAAAGGAAGAGAUUACUGAAAUGCCACAGCAGACGAUACCUAAAAUCCUGUAUACUACGACACCGGAACCUGAGUAUACUAAGACUCAAAUACUCACAACAGCCCAACCGACGUCCGCUACAACUUAUCCAUCAAUGUCACAUGGACCUCAAGGAUCUGAAUAUAACGCACCUUGGUUAGCAACCAUUUUUGAUGGAAAUGGGAAAUACUGUUGUCACGGAGCUCUCAUCAGUAAUCGUACGGUACUUACAGCUAGUACCUGUUGGACAAAGUGUAAAAAUCAGCCAAGCUCAUGGACUGUUCGAUUUGCUUUAUGGCACUCAAACUCACCAAGCGACUACCACAGGUCGAUAAAAAUGAAUGUGCAAAAUGGUACAAAGCACAAUGAUUUUGGCACGAAACCUAGAGACAAUAAUAUUGCGGUGCUGUUCCUGAAUGAAUCUAUUAGGACAAGUCAGCAUAUUUACCCAAUAAGUCCUAUAUGGGAGAAGGAGUCGAUUGAAAAUAUCGACGGCAAUUUAAUAUACACAGGAUGGAGUGGUAGUUUUGCAUCAUCACCCUACGUAGGCCAUUACACAUUGAAAACAAUCGAACUGAAGCGGAUUAAUGAAACUUAUUGUAGGACCACAAUCACGGAAAAUCAACCUGGAAGCUCUUUGCCUAAAGUUAAUUAUUUAUGCGUUAUAGUAAAUUGCAACAGUGAGGAAUCAAAUAAUACAUGCAUUGUCGAGGAUCACAAGUUAUUGUAUGCUGGUAAUGCGGGCGGCCCGGUGGUAGCGAAGUUGCCUGACAAUCGCUAUGCUUUGUAUGGUUUAAUUGCAAGAUGCUACGAUAAAACUAAACCUAAGGUUCCUACACUUGUCACGAAUGUAUUUGAUUUCAAAUCAUGGAUUCGCCAAUGGAUCUAAACAAGUAUCAAUAAAUCUAUU